GUGGCUGCGUCCAGACGACCUCGUGGAGGAUGUCAAAGUGGUUGGCCUGUCUGCUUUCAAGACUAGGCGUCAUGACCGUCGGGGAGGAUGGCUGGAAAGCUUUCCAUUAAUUUGGGUUGCUUCAGUAAAUUUUGGUUCAAUUUCUGUCUUUGAACUUGAACCCUAUAAAGAGUGAUGGGGAGCUCGUGCCUCUCCCGUCUCGAUCUCUCCACUUGUUCGUUUAUCGAAGGAAGAGUGGCAGAGAGAAGGAACGAGGGAGAGGGAGAGGGAGAGGGAGAGGCAGAGUGAGCGGUUGCGCGAGAAAGCGAGCGAGCGAGAGAGAGAGAGAGAGAGAGAGAGAGAGAGAAGAGUUCGCUCCUCAGAGUGGCAGGGUGAGAUUCCCAUCUAGUUGAGAUUUUCUGCUUCGAGUUUUCUGGAGGAAGCGGCGAUACCCACUUGACGGAAGUAGAUGACAGACUCCCAUUUGUCCAAAAUUAUCAUUCCCCAAGAAACCAAAUUAUUCGCUUUUGCCUAAAGCUCCGUACUAUUCAUCCCAUUUUCCCGAAAAUCUCUUUGGCGUUAGGAGUCGGGUAUUGAUGCAUGAGGUUCAGUGGUAGCGCUUGUUGUAUUUGAAUGUAGGGUAUAGCUCAAACUGUUGAGUUCCGGACUGAGAUACAGACUUUUACGAGGCAUACAUGGAUUCCCUUGUUGUUGGAGCUCUCAAUAAACAAAAAUGUUGUGCUUUUGAUUUUUCCUGCCUUCAUAAGGGUGAUUAUGCUUCUUGCUGGCCAAGGAGAGUUAAAUUGGAUGCAUGGAAGACACUUCAGUGUCCGAGGAGAGUUAGGUUGUCAAACAUCCAAGCCUUUGCUAUUCUAAACGGCCGGCAUUUUGUGAGGUCACAUAAAUGUGAAUGGGGCCAUCUCAUCUCUAGAGUUGAGAAGAAAAUUGCAUCAGGGCAGCGUUACCACACCUCUCCUAGUGCCUCUUGGGACCAAACAUAUGGAUCUGAGCCUGAGGCUAUAAGUGCUUGGACUUCCUUUCAGAAGUCCUUGAAUGCAUUCUAUCGAUUUUCAAGGCCUCAUACUGUUAUUGGCACUGCAAUAAGCAUAGUAUCAGUAUCCCUUGUUGCUGUUGAAAGAUUAUCGGAUUUCUCUCCGCUGUUUGUUACUGGAUUGUUGCAAGCUGUGGUCCCUGCACUUUUCAUGAACAUUUAUAUUGUUGGAUUGAAUCAGCUGUUUGACAUAGAGAUUGAUAAGGUUAAUAAACCAAAUCUUCCACUUGCAUCAGGAGAGUACUCGGUCCAGACUGGCACAGGAAUUGUUGUAGCUUCUGCCUGUCUGAGCUUUCUCAUGGGGUGGAUAAUUGGUUCCUGGCCCUUAUUCUGGGCACUUUUCGUCAGCUUUAUUCUUGGCACUGCAUACUCCAUCAACUUGCCGUUUUUGAGAUGGAAGCAGCAUGCUGUCAUUGCUGCAUCCUGCAUCCUAGCAGUGCGAGCUGUCAUCGUCCAACUUGCAUUUUUUAUGCAUAUGCAGACUUUUGUGUACAAAAGGCCAGCUAUCGUUACGAGGCCGUUAAUGUUUGCAACAGCUUUUAUGAGCUUCUUCUCAGUUGUCAUUGCAUUGUUCAAGGAUAUUCCUGACAUUGAGGGAGAUCAAAUUUUUGGAAUCCGGUCCUUUAGCGUACGACUUGGUCAAAAGCGGGUGUUUUGGCUUUGUAUAUAUCUUCUGCAGAUGGCAUAUGCUGCUGCUAUUGUUGCAGGGGCUGCAUCUUCUUGCCUAUGGAGCAAACUUGUGAUGGUGUUAGGCCACGGUACCCUAGCAUCCAUCCUCUGGCUUCGUGCCCAAUCUCUGGACUUGAAGAGUAAAGUUGCUAUCACAUCCUUCUACAUGUUUAUUUGGAAGCUGUUUUAUGCUGAAUACUUGCUGAUCCCACUUGUGAGAUGAAGGCCAAGUUAUGACAAGAAGAGAUUGGAGUAGUUUGGUGUCUCAUAGUUUUGAGUAUGUUUUGAUGGAAGUGAUCUUCUUGAACUCUUCCGAUGCCUUGACUUCGAUCGACCACCUGAACUCAUCUUCUUGAAGUCAUUUUUGCUGUGAUCUUACUGUGUAACCAUAUAUAAAGUCUUCCUUCGUCCGUUUCAAGUGCCCUGUAAUUAAUGUGGCAACACCGAGUGAGAUGUCUGCUCGAUAAGGUUACUGUCGUUUUCCUUUUCCCUGUUAUGCCAAGGAACACAAGUUUCCUGUUGGAAAAGGUGGGCCUUAUGUGAA